AUGAACAGGUUUCCAUGGAGUCUGGCUGUCCAUGAGUGUGAUGUUGGAGUUGAAGGUAAAACCCUUUGCUUCUUAGUCCAGGACAGUAUUAACAGUUUCAGUCUUUCCUUAUGAAAUACCACAGUAGUCUAUCAGAUGGCACAGAUUACAAUUGAUAUAAACAGGAAAAAGGUCUAGAGCUCACUCUUUGUGGCAGCAACCUCUAGAGGUCGAAAUGCUCAUUACAUCAACAAAGAUUUGUAAGAGCUUUAACUGUAAUAUUAUAUUUCAUGUCAUUUUUUUCUCUGUUGUUGGCUUUGGAGGAGUGGUGAUGAGGACAUUCAAACUAAAUAAACUUUUUCAAGUAAAAUGUUUUGAACUAUGAGGGUAUUAAUCAUACUAUGAAAAAACAACCUAUACUUUGGGAUAUAGGUGUGUUAAUGUGUUGAAAAAUAGUGUGCCAAAAAUCACAAUUUUCUUGAAGGGGUUUUACAAUUUGUAAAGCAAAGAGCUAUUAAUUUUUUUAUUUUUCCUCGUCUUCUUCUUAUCAUUUAAAUACUGAGCUUUUCUUAGCCUUACUCUCAACUCUGAACAAUUGCCACUCACCACUGCAGAGACCACCUGUAUGAAACAGGUGUCUGUAAAACUUGUGGUACCUGUUUUAUGUGUGAAACUCCAAACAAGGACCACAAUGACUCCUUUUGUUUCAAUCCAUGCAGGUUCUAUAAUUGCAAAGCUCCCCUUUAGGCUCUAAAAUGCAUUUUCAAAUCUGUGACAUUUUUGAAAUACAUCUACAAGAAGAGCAGUAGAACCCUUUUACACCACAGAAAACUUUUGACAUUUACUUGCCCAAGUAUUUCUCUGUAUAACUGAAAAUCUUACAAAUGAUAAAAUUAUAAGUACUCAUCCACAAGGACAAUGAAUGCCUGUCAAGAUUUAAUGACACCUGAUCUUAUAGUUGUUGAGAACUUACAUAAAUGUGGCAAAGCUGACCAUUAUUAAAGCCCCAAUGUUAGCACAGAUAAUUAAGGUUCCUUUGAGGAGUUUGUGACUGGUUAUGAAACAGACUUAAAUCAACAGCAAAAACAAACAAGACUAUUUGCAAAAAGACUGAUGGUUUUUGAUUGUAAAUUUUGAAGCCUGCAACUGAUUUUUAACCCAUUUUCCGACAAAUAUUCACAAUAAAUGACACAAUUGACUCUUAGGAAGCAGGGUUAGACUUUUAAGUCAGAAAACAAGACUUUAACAAACAAGACAAGACUAGCAAAGAGAUGGAGGUAUCACUUUGUCCAGAGGGGGUACCAAAACUGACACACAUAUAAAGUUCCUCAUUGAAGCUUUUAAAUGGCCUCAACUUAUUUUUAGUUCCCUUUUAUUUCCACUCACACGCCACCAAACCUUCUGUUUUCUGACUGCAGCUCCUCUGUGCACCAAAGACUGAUCAUCUUGUGUCCUAUAUUGAGUCAUUUCUCGACUUCACCAAUCAUGUCGUCAGAGUUCUGGGUGGAGUCCUGCGGCGAAGCCCUGGCAGAGGAGACUGGACUGAAGAAGCAACAGGAGGAGGAGGAAGUGGAGGAUCCCUGUGAGCAAAACCAACCUGCAUAUAACCCGAGGCAAGAAGAGCCGGAAGAUGAGCGGCUUUUGUCACAUGACUACAGCAAAAUACAGGAAGUGACGUCAGAAGGUGGACUGGAGCAGAAACUAAGGUUUUCACACAUGACUGUCAGCCAGGAUACCAGGCAAAGAGGAUCAGGUGUGUGGUGUAUAAGUGUGACUUGUUUUGAUGGAUAUUUUGAUCCAUCAUAAAAUCCUAAAAUAAUUGACUAGAACAGAUUUAUAAAUGAAGAAUAAAAAUUAUCCUCUUAUAAGUAUGACUCUAUCCUUUCUUCAUGUAUGUAGCAUUAAAGAGGAUGUCUAAGUGUAUGAAUUACAGAUUGCAUGUGUGUUCCUGUGGUUCUCUGUGCUCUGUAGUCUCGAAAACAGGUACCUGCAGAGUGGAGCUAAACCUCCAGAGGUCCUUCCCGAGGGGUAUCUCAACCUCCUCCUACCCAGGCAGGGAAAGGGAGCGGCGGGUUGAGGAGCCAAGAGGGCCGGGGCCUUUCUACUUCUUUGGAGGUUCAAAUGGAGCCGACAUGUCAGUAAAGAAAUCUGAAAAAAGCACAUGAGAUAUUUAUCAAUCUAGCUGAUUAUUUCAUUGUUGUUGAAAGACUUUUUCACAUUGUUUAUAUUCAUUUUUUGCUCCCUGACUGAUUAAAACCCAAUUUUUGUGACCCCUGCUCUCUAGAUCAUUGAGUAAUUAAAGCAGGAGUGUGGUUGAUUUCCUCUGGGACUGUUUUUUUUUUUCUUUUCUUUUCUUUUUCAGAGUGAGCAGAUACUGUGAAAGCAGAGGAUGGAAGAGGAUUCACAACAAGCACAGGGAGGAUUUCAAACUCAAGUGGUGUGAAACCAAAUCCACAUCCAACUUCAGAGAAGGUUGAGUGAAUAAUAGAUGACUUACCUAUGAAUCCAAAUGCUGUAUAUCACAGUAUUGUAUAUGAUAUAACACCUUCAGAUAGGGGAGUUUCUAGAAAGAGUAUGACUGAUGCAACUCUAAAUUAACUUUAAAACCUGCAUGUUUUGUUCUUAGGUGAACAGCUAGUGUACCAGAUCCCCAACAACAAAGUGCUCACCACGAAGAUCGGCCUCCUCAGCAGCCUGCGGGAAUAUGAGCGAGUCAGCAGCAAAGUCAACCAUGGUGGAGGAUUGAGGUGAACUAGAUAACUUGCUUUUAUUAAACUUCUCCCAGUUUUAUAUACAGGUUGCUUUUAUUGACAUAUGAAAGAUAUAACAGAUGUUUUUUUACACAGUUUUUGUUGGAGUCACUAAGCAACUAUCUGAAAGCGGCAUGUAGGGUCAAUAAAGGCCCAGCUUAGCAAAUACUGAUUGAAGAUGUACCAGUUUGAGAUAUUUAUAUAACAAGAACCAGACAGCCUUCUCUUCAAACUACAGUAUAAAUUACACAAGCUUUUUAUAAGUAACUUUUCAAAUCAAUACAAACUGUUAAACUAGUUAAUUAUUAAUUGUGAACAAAUAUAGCUAAAUAAUGAUAAAAAUAAAAAAAAAUUAAAACCUCUUUCUUUUAACUAAUGUGUGUAAUGGUCAAGGAAGAGAAAUGAGUUACAAAUACCAGACGGGUUUAAAGUUCAGGCAAACUUUAAAACCACAGAGUACAGCCUAAUAGUUAGUCACCCUCCAAACUUCCUCAUACUUGUUCCUGUUAGGUAAUUUUCUUACAUGGAGUCAUGUUAAAACAUUACAGACUGAAAGAUACCUUGUGGAGUCUAUGGUGCAAUUCUGUUAUGCAUUAAUGAAUUAAUCAAUUUGACACAUGAAAAACUCAAGUCUUUCUUUUGCAGUUGAGGUAGCUUUCACAUGACACGAUCAGUUACAGAAAAGAAAAUUAAAAUGAAUGCUGAAUACUUUUAAAAAACUCAAUACAAGGUGUAUUAUGCUACUGUAAAAUUGUAAUGCAUUCGCUUUUUACGUGAGAAAAUAACAAUACAUGUAACAUAUAUAAUCUGUCAUGUGGCUAAAAAUGGAUAAAUUUGUCAAAUUGUGGCAGGUUUACAUCUAUUGGCUGUGUCCUGUAUACCAGUAUAACAUACAGAGCAGUGGCGGCUGCUGGUCUUUCAAGGAGGGGAAGCUAAUUUUUCUGGCCUACAUCAUAAUUGUGUUUGUUUAUUUGUAUGUAACAGAACAGAGUCGCCGAACACAACGGCAGUCGUUUUUAACAAAGACAAAAGUCGCUGAGGAUCGGUAAAGAACAACGGAAUGAAUAACUUGGAAAAUGCUCUGGUAGAAGUUUUAUUCUUCAAGAUCGCUGAUUCGCUUGUUUAGCUGUCAAUCUAAAAAAGGUUUCGCCUCGGACAGCUCAUCCAAUCGUGGAUGCAGAAGCUCAGCGUCCGCGAGAAAGUUGGGACCGCCCUCUCGUCAUAGAACUCCAGAGAAGCUGAGCGUCAGAUGGGCGGGACAAAGCCCAGCAUUUAUCCAAUGAGCGUCUAGUUUCGCUGCUGGAACAACCCACUUUGAGCUUCCACCUUGAAGUCAGCACACGCUGAGCGUCCGGCUGUGUGAAGCGCUGAGGCGCUGCGAGGAUGAAUGAGAACGGAGUUGCGCUGGUUACCUGUGAUUAUCAGCUUCUUGUCACAGUGUGAUAAGAAGCUGAUUUUGAACAAAAGAUGAAGGCUUUCCAGCGCAUAUUUAGGUAAUAAAAUGUACACACAGCAGUACGUAUUUCACCACUUUUUCUUUUUUUUGGGGGGGUGACAUUUUAAGGGAAGCUGAGCUUCCCUUGCAGUCUUAGAGCAAUCGCCACUGAUACAGAUAUAGUUUAAAUGUAAGGAUCUCUUUAUGACAGCAAACAAUCCGUGGCGAUAAAUGUUGGGACUUUAUAUUCUGGAUUUUGCCGUAUGUCCCUAAAAUAAUUGUUUUUUGCUUACUCUGACUAAAUAUAGCUUAUUCAGAUUGUUCCUGGAGAUCCUUUUUUUGUCUUAAAUUUAACCAAAUUUCACCAAAAUGUCAACAAUGCUUAUAUUUAAAAUUUAAACACCAACACGAGAGUCACAGCGAUAGAGUAAAACAAUGAGAUGAGGCGUAAUGAUGUGCCCUGUUUUGUUGUUUGUCAUUGUAAUGCUCUUUUCGACCACAAGAGCCAUUAACUUUUCAAAGACAAAAUAGUUCAGAUGCCCCUCUUAACAUACAAUUAUUGAGCCUGGAGAUGAAGAGUGUAAAAUACUAGUUAAAUAUGCAGUUUAGACUUAUAUAAAAAGGAUUUAAAACAUGAUUUAAAAAAAUGAAGGAAUUUCAGAGAAUUAUGCCAGCAAAAAUGUUUGUCUUACUUGUUCUCAAAUGAAGAAAGCUCAAAUAAACUUUGAAUGUGGAGUUUAAGUUUUUCACUGGCCUGUUAGAGCCUCCUGUCGUUGGUUCAUAUCAGAAUUGAUAUAUUUCAAGUGAUUUACAUGUAACUCAGAUAUGUCUCUAAUUUUUUUUGUGUGCAUUUUAAUAUAUUACACAUUUUUAUUUUGUGUUAAGUGCAGCUUUAAAGAGGUCUAUAUUUAGUAUUUCCCCUCUGUUGACUUUUACCUCCCAGGAGGCUGAAAAUGGAGGAGUUCAUUCCCACUACUUUCCGUAUGGAUGUGAGGGAGGAGAGGGAGGCUUUCUUUGCCCAGCAGGAGGGUAAGACACCUGAACUCCUCAACCUGCACUUACCUCUGGCACAUUAAGAUCCUGAUGCAACAUCGAUGCAACACUGGUUAGACUGGAUCUGUGUUUAUUCAGUGGGCUCCAGAUCACAAUAAGAUCAGACAGACUCAGCCUGUCGUUCAUCUGACAGUGUAAAGAAACAGCAGAGUUUGUACUGACCUGUGUUAGGCAACAGUUGCCAUGGUGAUAGUGUAUUCAAACAGGUUGGGAACAUUGGAAAAUAAUGCACACCACCUCCCAUAAGGCUCUGAUAAAAUCACUAGGGGAACAUGUUGUUACCAUGGAGAUGAGUCAGCAGAGGGCAGAGCUGAGACACAAACAGGAGGUUAAACUCUCCACUGGAUCUGAAUUUACUGGAGAAUGAUGACACUGACAUGAGACAAAUGACAUUAGUGAAUCUAAACUGGAGUAAUAAUCAGUUAUUUUUAUUUUGAGGACUACAGACUGUUGUCUUUAUACAUACAGACAUGCUGAAUAAUGAUGAGCUGUGCACAGAUUAUGGCAAACAUGGUUAUCAUUGAGUAAACACAAGGAGACAGAGACAGCUGGUUGAGAUUUCUGAGAGGCAGCUGACACCAAGUCAGUGCAUUGACCCAAAUGUAGUUUAGUUUCAUCACUUUUUUUCAUGUUUCCCCGAACUUUUUAGGUCUAAACAAACACUCAUGUAACUUUGCAUGUACAUCGGGCUUGGUGAAGAAAUUGAUGGUUUAAAGAUUUUGGAUAGAUGUAUUUUUUUCAUAUUCAAAGUCCACCACCAAUGGCAGAGGACCUCCUCUAUACGUCAGACUGAAAGUCAGUGAUUGACCUGAUGGAAUAUGUAUUAUUUCUGUCAGGUGUGAGCAACAAUGAGAGUCACAUGUGGAUCUGUAAGCCCACCGGUCUGAACCAGGGCAGAGGGAUCUUUCUGCUGAAGAACCAGGAGGACGUCGCUGCUUUCAGACUGAAGCUGCAACAUGAACAGGAACACCAAACCACCAGGAGGACACACCAUCGCCAGCCUCAGGCUCGCAUCGUCCAACAGUGGGCGAUCUUACCCAUGUUGUUUGUUUGCUUUAUAUGACAUCAUGACUUAACCAUCAUGUCUGCUUAUUUCCAUCAGUUACAUCCAGAGGCCGCUGCUCCUGAGAGGUAAAAAGUUUGAUGUCCGAUCUUUUCUUCUGAUCGCCUGCACUGCUCCUUAUAUGGUCUUCUUCAGCCAUGGAUAUGUGCGGCUGACCUGUGACCUCUAUGACCCGACCUCCAACAACCUCACUGCUCACCUGACCAAUCAGGUUUGAUCAGAAUAGACAUCACUCUUCUGUCAUUGAUGUGAUUUAUCAUUGCGGUGCCGUCUCUCGGCCCCUAGUGUCUGCUUCAUGUGUCUCUGGUCCCCCUGCUGUCUGUCUUCAGUACAUGCAGAAGAAGAAUCCUCUGUACAGACAGCUGAAGGAGGACACAGUCUGGUCUAUGGAGAGCUUCAACACCUACGUCAAUGACAGGUUUCAGGUUGCCAAGGGUCUGCCCAGGGACUGGGUGCUGGGUGUCUUUGCAGUGAGUGCUGCUGCUGUGUGUUAUAGCUCUCAGGGACCAAUUACCCUCACAGUGAGGGCCGUUGGUGCUUGCAGCUAAUUGAGGUUGUGGUUUCGGCUCAGAUGAUCUCAUUCUGUCUGACAAUACAUCAUGUUAUUACUAAAAUGAACUAUCAUGUGAGCUGUUUGGGGGUUGUUUUAAUCCACUGUACUUUACACUACAACAAACAGUUGAAUAGACACAUUUGAAACCUUGCCCUUAUGGUUUACAUCUGUUAGACUGAAACCUGCUGAAUCCUGCUGUUAGAGCCACAAAUACAAUCAUCUUAAAUUCCUAUAAAUCACUGUUUUGUCUUUUUAAUGGUAUUUAGUGAUGGGUGUAAGACACUGACUGUGAAAACAGCCUCAUAAUGUCUUCUAGGACUCCACCCAAAAUUACAAGAGCGCAGUCCUCAUCCUCUCUCUCGAUGUAAAGCCUCAGCUAUAAAGUCUGAAAUUAUAAUUUUAGGCACUCUCAUUGACAGCACACACAAACCCUUUUGUUAUAGACGUCAUAUCUUUACACAAAACCUGCUGAUCCAUUUUCAGCUUCUACUGUAUUGAGAGCUAAACAUCAGAACAUUUUACCCGUUACUUUUAUUUUGCAAUUACCUAAUUUUUUUGGAAGUGCUUGUCUACUGGAAUAUCUCAGCGUUUUUAAUUAUUUUCUAUUUUUUUAUAACAUUACUUCAUUAAUGUUUGCUAAGCUUUUCCCUGAAAUUGGUCUUAAUUUGUCUUUAAAUUCACUUUCCAGUCAUAUUAAAUACAACAGUGGGUACGAUAUAGUAAGAAGAUGUUCGAAUCCUCAUCUAUUUUAUGAAUUUUACUUAAUGCAUGGUCCUUUAAGUUAAAGUUUAUGACAUUUAUAUAGCACCUUCAAAGCAAAAACAAGUGAUGCACUGAGAUGCCUCACAAGAAAACAAACAGACAUGGACAUAAAGAAACAUAGACAACAGGGCUGUUCAACAUCCAGUUUUUUAAUAUCAUAAUUAAUUAAUGAAUUUUAGAACUUAUUUGCACUAAAUCACAUUUUUAGUUGUAUUUUUAAACACAUUUGUGACAGAAUGACCUGAUUUAAUCGUAUGCAUGUAGAAAACCAGAUAGAAAACCAUUUGAUCCGACAUCUAAGAAAUCCAACAACCCGUCCUCAGACUUCAACAGUGUCUGCUGUAGAUUAUUGCAUCCUGAGCCUCAUGAACAAUGGAUUUUUCUGACUCUUUGUCCGCCUUUCAUCUUCAUGUGUGCAGAAACGUAUGCAACAGAUCACGCUGCAGUGUUUCAUUGCAGUCAAGUCCAAGUUAGAUCGCCGCCUGGGCUUCUUUGACUUGAUCGGCUGCGACUUCAUGGUGGAUGAAGAUUUCAAGGUUGGUUGACACACGAAUUAUAUAAAAGUUACUCUGUCCAUACCCUAUAUUAGUAUGCACAUUUUCAGAUGAACUGGAUCUGAUUGUGUUUCUCAAAGGUUUGGUUGUUGGAGAUGAACUGUAACCCUGCUCUGCACACAAACUGUGAUGUACUGAAGGAGGUCAUACCCAGGACUGUUGUGGAGACACUGGGUGAGCUCAUGUCAUUACAAGCCUUCAGAGUACAUAUCUGCACAGUCAUCAGGUAUCAUAGGGUAAUUUUAGUGUCAAAAAUUAUUUAUUUCUGAUGCAUGUUAUAGACACAGUUUUUUUUAUUAGACACAGUACUCUACUGACAUGCUUGCUUGACUGGCUUUUGUGUGGUACUACCUAAUAUUUGUGUGUCCUGUGUAUUGCCCCUUUAUAAUCUCUAGAUUUAAGUCUGGAGAUCUUCAACAAGUGUCGUCUCCGGCAGAAAAUUCUCCCUUUGCAGAGUCAGAGGGAGUUUGUGUUGCUGUAUAAGGGAGUUUUUCCUCCUGAUUCAGAGCAGACCCACAGGAAGGUUUACACAAAUAGUCCAUUUAACCUGAAAAACCCCAGAAAGACUGCGCUCAGGAGAUGUAAGUCAAGAGCCGAAGGAAAAACUGUGCCCUUGGCAUCCUCUGAUAGCUCUGGGAAUGUUUCAGAGAGCCUGAAAGGAGAGAGGGGUUCAAAGUCCUCCAUUGCUGCCUCCUCCUACCUCAGUCAGAGCCCUCUGUCUCUGCAGGUAUCAUCACUUUCAGCAGCAGCAGCAGCAGCAGCAGAAGAUCAGAGACGGUAA